AUGGGGGUGCAGAAAAGACAUAGUCAAUUUAGUGAUACAAAAUACAAGUGGCGGACGGUAGUGUUCUUUUUGUGUUUUGUGUGGUGCAAUGGUCAGGAGAUAAGAAUUGGAGAGACGGACCCUUACAUGUUGAAUAAGUCAUUAGGACUUACUGAGUUACCCGGUGGUGUGCUUGCAGCAGGAAGAACUGUGUGGAAAAAUGAGGGUAUUCCAUAUCUACUUCGAGAUGAUCUCUUGGUGGACAGAGAGGCAGAGCUCGUGGUGGAACCAGGAGUUGAAGUUAAAUUCGCACCGAUGAUCGGCAUCACCGUUCGUGGCAAGCUACUUGCGAUUGGUGAAGCAGAACGAACUAUCAAAUUUACAAGCACAGAAGAACCCCAAAAACAAUCUAAGCCUUUUCCUGACAUACGCCUCGUUGAUGGACCAUCAAUAUUAACAGGAAGGGUACAGUUAUUACACAGGGGACAAUGGAGAUCUGUUUGCACAAAUUCAAGAAAUUGGACCAUCAACGACAUGGAAACAGCAUGCAGGCAAUUAGGCUUCAUGGGCGGAACGUUUUACAAUUGGAUGGAUCGGCAACCAGGAAGGCGGGCACGACUUUUAUACGAGGAACCCAAGUGUAAAGGCACCGAGUAUGACCUUUUUCAAUGUGAUUGGGAUUCGAGACAACUGGGGUCUGGUGUUUGUGACUAUCACCCGGAUCUCGGUAUUGAGUGCCAACCGCAUCAUGAUGAUAAUGAGUUGAGAACUUCUGGAAUUCAUUGGAGAGGCAUACGAUUUGAAAAUGCUGUCUUUGAAAGAAUACUUACAGCCGAAAAUACACUUUACGUGCCAACGUCAAUGUCAACACUGGCACACAUUUCUAUAAAAAAUGCCGGUCUAGGUAGAGAUAAUAACGCAACUAGCGCUUUAGACAUAAUAGGUGUUCCGCCUUUAAUGGAAGAUAUUGAAAUUUCAAAUUCUGCCUUUAACGCUAUCAACGUGACGUCACCAAACGCUCCUAUAGUUAUUAACAACUGCAAAAUACAAAACAAUAGAGGGUAUGGUAUAUAUGUUAAUUCAACGUAUGGCAUGACAAAGAUCGACAAUUGUACGAUUCAUGACAACGGUGGAGACGGGGUCAAAUACGUGGUGCACGAAAUGAAUAUAGAUGAGAAAUUCGACAGAAGUGAAAUAUUUGAUUUGUGUACGCUCGCGUCUACCCCUAGUCAAACGUUCCCUAUACAAAUGACCAUAGAACAAUCACGAUAUUCAAACAUGGAAAGAGAUUGUAAUCAAAAAUUUUAUACGAGAUCAGAUCACGUUCUUACUUUAAGUUUUUUAAAGCUUUUUACAAAUAAAAAUGACACUGGAGAAAUUUUUGUAUACGACGGGCUAUCAGCGAAUGAUAAACUUUUGAUAACUUUUAGUAUAAGAAACUAUACUCGACCACAAAGUGUGACCUCAACGAGAAAUAGAAUGUACGUAAGAUUUCGUGCGAAUACACAGACGGAUAUUGUUGGCUUUUUGAGGUUAACUUCGGGAACUAGUAAAACCUAUGAUUUGAACGUCGUAGACACCAUUAUCUCAGACAACAAUGGUAGAGGUGUUGUAAUAGAAAACCUUCGUUCUCAAAUUCACAUUCAUCGUACAUCUAUUUCUAACAAUAAUCAUGUCGCCGGCCUCCAAGUAACGAGUGGCGCUGGAGAUGUGAAUGUUACAGAAAGUAGGAUAUCCUUUAACCAAGGGGAUGGCAUUAAUAUAACGGUCACAGGCGGCAACCGAAAUAUAUCAAGAAGUAUACUUAGUUCAAAUCAAGGGUAUGGUAUAGCAGUAUGGAUAAAUAACACGCAAGAAACCGAAUUUAUUUCUAUGAACCAAACUACAGUUGUAGAAUAUUCUGAAAUAUUUAAGAAUUUGGAAGUGGGCAUUCUACAUGGCAACUUUUGUGGAGACAGUUGGAUUAAUGUUACUGGAAAUUGGUUUAACGCUAGCCUAGAAAGCACUAUUGAUAUCGCUACGUGUUGGAGAUUAAGUAAUCCACUGAAAUUGCUACAAUUACAAAUAGGACACAACAGAUUCUAUCAAAAUCAACGUGUUCCUAUAAAAAUUCAACCUGCACUCAAUGUCAUUGGAAAAAUUGAAUACAAUUAUUUUGAACAUGGUGAAUAUGGGGCAAUAGCAAUUCUAAAUAGAUUUGAAGGAAAAUAUCUUGAGGAGUUCGAGAUACUGCCUGCUAGAUUUGAUAUUCAGCAUAAUUACUUUUAUGGAAAUAAAGGACCAUUUGUAGUAAAUCUCGGAUUAUCACCGUACAGUGAUCUUCAAUACAUACUGUUUUCUAGAAAUUAUUUACGUGAAAAUAAAGUCAGAGAGCCAUUUGAAGCUUUAGAAGGGCUAUCUACCAGACUCACCCCCAGAAGUAGGGUUGCUGCUACAAUAGUUUUAGCUUCAAGUAACAUUGAUGUUUUUAGAAAUAUUAUUAACAAUCCUGAAGCUCAAUACGAAAUAGGUUCGCAUGUAGAAGAUCAAAGCAAAUUACUCAACUGUACUUACAACUGGCUUGGGUAUUCUGAAGAGGAAAAAGUAUAUAAUAGAUUAUUUCAUCGAAAAGACAGAUACAAUUUGGCUAAAAUUGUUUACAUGCCGUAUUUGUUACAUAGUAGUAACCCUGGAGCCACUCAAAUAAAUUAUAAUUCUUUGUAUGUACCGCAAUUUAACGUACCAGGAACUUCUACAGUAGGCGGUGAAGUCGAAGGUAUAGAAAUAUUAAGGCAAGGAGAAUAUGAUGUUGAUAAAGAUAUAAAUAUCCGUCCGGGAGGCAGACUUAUUCUGCAAUCAGGUGUAAUCUUAAAAUUUCCACCUGCUAUCGGAAUGAUGAUUGCUGGCAAGAUAGAGGCAAAAGGAAAACGACCUAAUGACAUUACAUUUACUUUAAAAGAAGAAGUGGCUAUGUCGAAUGACAGUGUUUAUGAAACUGAUACCGAGAUUGAACCUACUACACCAGGCUAUCAAGAACCAUUAGUACCAAUAAGACUUUUAGGCGGCAGAACACAAUAUGAAGGAAGAUUACAAGUACGAGUAGAAGGCAAAUGGGGAACUGUGUGUAAUUAUCGCUGGAACAUUAUAAAUGCUGCAUUAGUUUGCAAUCAACUUGGUUUAGUACUAAAUCCCGAUGAUUGGUUUCUAGAACCUAAUGAAAUUCCUAACGCUGGCACUUCAGAAGAUGUCAUACUGUCUAACGUAGAAUGUACAGAAUUUGAUAAUGAUAUUACUAAGUGUAAAGCGGAAACUACAGAGAAUUUUGAAAAUUCAUGUUCCCAUAAAAAUGAUGUCGGUAUAAGAUGCUACGAAACCAGUUGGGCGGGUGUUAGGUUUAGUGUAAUAGCUGACAGAGCCGAUUUGCAGUAUUUAAGUAUUGAAAAAGCAGGUCUUCUCGACUAUUCAUCAAAUUUAUUCAAACCUGCUCUUCAAAUAGAUUUUGCUCGACACAGUCUUGAAAGUGUUAAAAUAACCAACAAUUACCACGAUGGCUUGGGAAUUUUAUAUUCAAAUUUAUAUGGAGCAGACGCCAUUAAUACAGUUCGAAAUUCUGAGUUUAGCAAUAACAAAGGCAGUGGUCUAAGCUUUAAGCAGCUAGGUCUUAAAGUGUACAGUUCGACAAUAGAAAACAAUAAAAUAGCUGGUAUUUCUCAUAACCCUCAUAUAACUGGCCCACAGCAAAGAGAAAUAGCGGGAUGGUUCAAUGUAGAUCCAGGUUUCAAUAUGGAAGAAUCAAAUUAUCAUCCUAUAAUGGUGCCUGAAUAUGAGACAGACAUUACUUUGGUUAACGGUGAAACUCGACAUAUAGUUUUCACUAAGUAUAGCGGAGAAAGCAUAGAAAAAACUUAUAACAUAAAAUGCAACCCAGGUUAUGUACUUGGACUUCAGCUAUUGAAUCCAAUUCAUAAUUUCUCAACUGAAAGUAUUUGUAUAUAUGACUCGCAGAAUAUAAACGAAGCUAGCACGGUGUGGUGCCUUGAUCGUGAUCUAUCCACGUUUCCAACUACUAGUAAUACUUUUGGUAUAGUGCUAAAAUAUAAAAGCGGCCAGCGAGCAUUAGGAGGUGUUGUUUUGGUAGUAAGCACUAUUAUAGCCCCUGUGCAGAAUAUACGAAACAGAAUUGUUAAAGGUCCGGUGCCGACUCUGCAAGUUUUUAAUACAAAGAUAAAAGGGAAUACCAAAGGCAUAAAAGCUUUAUACUAUAAUCGUUAUUUAAAUGAACUAGGUGACCAUUUUCUUCGGAAAGCUAACGAAACUAUAAAGAUAAUAAAUUGCGAAAUUGCGCACAAUACAGAGGAAGCAAUUUAUGUUAACACUCCGUUUUGGGACAUUCACGAGAGCCAUAUAACUGAGAUAACUAUAAUGGUAAAUAGUAGCUUGAUUACUGACAAUGGAAAAGGAAUAUAUCACUUUGCAAGAGAUUUGAGGAGUUCAAAUAAUUUAUAUCAUUACGUAUUUCAAGAUAAUACGAUAGAAAGAAACAAAAACGGAGGAUUUGAUAUAAGCUUGCCGUAUGUUUGGCAAUACAAUGAAAAUUUCACGCAUUCCGUAUUCAUGCACAACAAUACUUGGCGUAAUAAUCAGAACUUUGGUUUUGUUAUAGAUGGACAUUUUGCCGAAAUAAAUAUAACGAAAAACGUAUACAGCGAUAAUAAUUGCAAAUCUGGCUUAAUUUCUAUCAGAGGUAUGGAAAAGAAAAUGAAAAUAGACGGGAAUAUGAUCGAGAGAAAUAACGGCCAAUAUAUGGUACAAUUCUUUAUGGACAGCCAAAGUGAAAUUAUGGGUUUCGUGUAUGCGGUAUUUGUGUAUAAUCAAAUAACGGAUAAUAGAUAUGCCACACAAAUAAACCGCGGUGCUUUAGUUAGAAGUACAGAUCCCACAUACGCAUUGGGCUUCAAAGGCAUACAGAAAGUUAAGGUUAGUCGAAACCUUUUCGGAAAUAAUGCAUUACAAUAUACACUGCUAGCUGGUAUAAAAACUGCAAAAAUAAAUAAUCUAUUGGAUGUUAGUGAAAAUUGGUGGGGCAGUGCAGAUGAGAAGAAAAUAAGACAACAAAUAUUUGAUUUCGAUGAUUGGAAUAACCAUGCUGUAGCAACUUAUUUACCGUACUUACUUGAGAAUAAUUUUGAUUCAAGCGUAUCUGUUGCGUUUAGUCCUGCGACAGUUGUAGAUGUGAAUGAACUUGGAGGACGUUUAACUUCAGAUCUUACCUUAGAUGCGCGGAUUUCACCGUAUGUAAUAAAGGCCGAUAUCACAGUUAUGCCAGAUGUUACGCUCACUUUGACUCCAGGGGUAGUCUUAGAAUUUGCACCUAAUGUUGGUAUAUUGGUUAUGGGUACGUUGAAUGCGAUCGGCCACAGCCAAUUACCUAUUUUAAUGAGACCACUGUUCUCUGCAACUAAUAUUGAAGGUAACAGAAUUGAAAAACGGGAAAUCGGACAAUACUCUUCUAGUCAUCAUAAAAAUAAGCGACAGUUGGAAUCGAUGAUUGUACAAGAUUCCAUUCGACUUUGCACUGGAAGAAAUUGUUCAAUUAAUGACAAUAAUUUUGAAAGAAAAAAUGAAGGCUUCUUAGAAUACUAUAAUAGAACUACAUUACAAUGGGUGCCAAUGUGUGAUAAUCGUUUUACAGAGAGAAAUGCUCAAGUCGUUUGUCGAGAAUUAGGUUUUGAUCCAAUAAAUGUAUUCUUUGCUCGCGACAGACGUGUAGAAUACCAUAGUAAUUCACUUUCACGCGUAUGGUCCUGGCCCGAGCCGCUGCAAUGUGUAGGCACAGAAGAACGGUAUGAAGACUGUCCUAUUCGACUCAAUGGUCAACUUUACGGUCAUAGACACGAGUGUAAAUGGAAUUCAGAAUUCGUAUUUAUUCACUGUGGUUCUAGAAAUUUGGAGGAAAAUAUUGAUUACUGGGGUGGAAUACGUUUUACUAAUCCAGAGUUUGAAUACUCUAUGUACGAACACAGAAUACAUGACCACCAUACACAUGAAACUUUAAAGAAAGUUGAAAGUCGAUUACAGCACGUGCGAAUUAUUGGUGCUGGCAUAUUGCAUAAUGAAAAGUCGCCGGCAGUUCAAAGCAUCAUCAAAAACCCAGUCAUUGAAAAUGUGAAUAUAAGUAAAUGUGCAUAUCAUGGUAUCAAUAUAGUAUCUCCAACUGAUACUAUAAACAUGAUGUUUAACACAAUUAGUGAUACUUUGGGAGAAGGUAUCAGUGCUAUAUCAUUAAAUGGAGAAGGGAGGGAAUCGGAGGAAUCAAGUUUCACUCCCUUAAAAGAUCUUAAUUUACCUUACCACUUAUUUUCUUUGAUCGAUAUCUGUGAUAGCUCAAAAGUUAUUACAGUUGAAGAGAGAGUCAUUCUAUACUAUAAAUACGAUAACAAUCCAGUUAAUUGCGUAAAAAUAUUCAAGAGUAUGUUCAGAGUUAAACCUUUUGGGUUCAGACUCCUACAAUUCAAUUUAUUCAAUCACACUCUGAAUUAUGGAAAGCGUGAUUCCUUGACUUUGUAUGAUGGAGAUAUCUACAAUAUAACAGCUCCUCAAAUAGGUUACUUGGAAAACGGUUCGCCUGAUGAGAAGAAACUAUUUAGAACUGAUGGUGCAAGCUUAAGUGUCAAACUAUUCGCUAACGGUGCGGCUUCUGUACAUGGGUUUAUUGCUGAAAUUGUCACAUUGCCCAUAUCUGCUAUAGGAUUUAGUCGUGAUGUCCAGCACAACAUAUCGAGUAGCGAACUUACAAACAAUCGAGACGGUGCUAUAACGUAUCAGUCGGUGGGCGAAGUGAACCCACUAGUAGCUAUCAUUAGGAAUGAAAUCACAAAUAAUUGCUUGAAAUUGUAUGGCAACUUCACUACUUGUCAGGCGGCUGUGAGGGUUGAUGUGCAAAAUACGCAGACUUUAGUUUUCAGGAAUAAUUUAGUGCGCAACAACGUCGGGGGUAUCCUAGUGAGAGCCGAUUCGAGAGGCUCCGCUACUUCACUGCGUGGUUGGAUACAUAAUAAUUUGUUCUUUGAAAAUCAUGACUUGCCUUGUCUUCAAGUUGAAGGUCGCCAAUCCUCUCCAUACCAAGAAGUAACAAUAUACCGCAACUACUUUACUCGUAACCGAGCUCUGUACACUGACGUCAUAGUGCUCCGGCAGGUGGUCUCAAACUUCACACACAACUAUGUGCACCACAACACUGGCUUGAGGAUAUUAGAAGUGUCCGGUUUUGAUAAAGUUCGUCUGCCGAUAUAUCAGACUACGUCGCAUAAUGGGUUUUACAAAAACUUCGCCUUAGACAGAGAAGGCCGCGCCACAGUGGUGGCCGGCACCGCGGGACAGCACUAUGUCGACAACAUAUUCUUUAACCCGGACAACGAUUACGAAAUGAUUACUGUCAACAGAUCUAUGUAUGUA